GGAAUCCUUUAGAAGGCGGUAGAUUCCCCUUCCUUGGAGGUUUUUCCCACAGAGGUCGGAUGACCAUCAGCCAUGGAUGCUUUAGCUGAGAUUCCUGCAUUGCAGGGGGUUGGACUAGAUGACCCUCAGGGUUCCUCCCAACUCUGCAAUUCUAUGAUCCUAUGAUCAAAAGUGUAUCCAAUGGCCCUUUAAAGCACAUGACGUUCCCCCCAAUGAUCUGGAGCAUUACAGCUUCCCUCUCACAGAACUACAGUUCCCAGGAUCAUUUGGGAGAAGCCACCUGCUUUUUCGAAUAGGGAUGAGGAACCUGCAGUUUGCUUUCCCUGAUUUCCUAGGAACCAGGAACGGGAAACUCAAGUGCUUCUAACAGGAUGAUUUCAGCGAACAGGAUGUAUAAAACAUUGUUCCAGGUUUCCGGCUACAUCACAAGUCAAUGGUGGUUGACAGGAGAAAGCCAGGUUUUAUGAGGAAAGCAACCAAGAUGAUCAAGGGUCUGGAAACUAAGCCUUAUGAGGAACAGUUGAAGGAGUUGGGUAUGUUCAGCUUGGGUAGGAGGAGACAGAGAGGAGAUAUGACAACAAUCUUCCAGUAUCUAAAAGGCUGUCACGUUUUCUCCUCCUCGGAAGGGCCAGACCCAAACCAAUGGAUUCAAGUUACAAGAAAGAAGAUUCUGACUAAACAUCGGGAAGAACAUUCUGACAGUAAGAGCUGUUUGACAGUGGAGCAGAUUCCCACGAGAGGUGGUGGACUCUCCUUCCUUGGAGGUUUCUAAGCAGAGGUUGCCUAGCCAUCUGUCAUGGAUCCUUGAGCUGAGAUUCCUGCAUUGCAGGGGGUUAGAAUACACUUGGGGACCCUUCCAAUUCUACAACUCUAUGAUCCUAAAAGGUAAAGGUAAAGGGACCCCUGACCUUAGGUCCAGUCGCAAAUGGCUCUGGGGUUGUGCGCUCAUCUCGCUUUAUUGGCCAAGGAAGCCGGUGUACAGCUUCUGGGUCAUGUGGCCAGCAUGACUAAGCCGCUUCUGGUGAACCAAAGCAGCGCACAGCAACGCCGUUUACCUUCCUCCCGGAGCGGUACCUACCGUAUUUUUUGCUCUAUAAGACUCACUUUUUCCCUCCUAAAAAGUAAGGGGAAAUGUGUGUGCGUCUUAUGGAGCGAAUGCAGGCUGCGCAGCUAUCCCAGAAGCCAGAACAGCAAGAGGGAUUGUUGCUUUCACUGCGCAGCGAUCCCUCUUGCUGUUCUGGCUUCUGAGAUUCAGAAUAUUUUUUUUCUUGUUUUCCUCCUCCAAAAACUAGGUGCAUCUUGUGGUCUAGUGCGUCUUAUAGAGCGAAAAAUACGGUAUUUAUCUACUUGCACUUUGACAUGCUUUCAAACUGCUAGGUUGGCAGGAGCAGGGACCGAGCAAUGGGAGCUCACCCCGUCACGGGGAUUCGAACCGCCGACCUUCUGAUCGGCAAGCCCUAGGCUCUGUGGUUUAACCCACAGCGCCACCCGCAUCUGUUCUUUGAUCCUAUGAUCAUAGAAUAAAAACCCCACUCUGUGCAUACACAACUCUUUCCCACAAGGUGGAGUCACAGACUGACUUAUUACCAAAUUUCAGUCUUCACUGCAAGAGGAGGGAUGCUCUCCAGGUCAGCUCUUCCAACCGAUUGGAUUAACUCCCUUCAUCCCUGGUUCUUGGUUGUGCUAACUGGGGCUGAUGGGAGUUGGAGACCAAAGCAUCUAGAGGGCACCAUGGGAGGGGGGGGGGGAGCCUGCCCUAAAUAAGCACUUCGUACAUCCAGCUGGUUUCAGUUGCAUCAGUGUAGUAAUCCAAAAUAUGCAAACAUUCUCAAUGUACUUGCAGGUGGCAUAAUAUUACAAUGCAAUUAAGUCUUAUAUCUUUUAGCUGUCCCAAUUACCCAUGCACCCAUCCUGGAUUUUUUAAAGGCUUUUAACUUUUCUUUAGAAGUGAUGUUAAAAUGGAUGCUACUUUGAUAAAAGUUGCUGUCCUUGGUGUCUUUUAAUGCAGGGCAUUUUAUAAUAUUUUAUGGGAAGCCAUCCUGACCAUGAAUUUGAAAGGCAGAGAAUAAAUAGAUAAAGUCCUGAGAACUGGGAGAUAGGAUCUCGAGGAGAGUUCUCGACACCCAGAGAAUUACCAUAUUUACUCGAAUCUAAAACACACCUUUUUUGGUCAAAUUAUGUUACGAAAAUUAAGGUGCUCAUUAGAUUCGAUGGUACAUUUACAUUCCCCAGCAAAUACUCUUUUUGGUUUCAAGGUUCUGAAAACUGAGGUGUGCAUUAGAUUCGAUGGUGCAUUAGGCUCAAGUAAACACUGUGCUAGGGACGCGGGUGGCGCUGUGGGUUAAACCACAGAGCCUAGGACUUGCCGAUCAGAAGGUUGGUGGUUCGAAUCCCCGCUACGGGGUGAGCUCCCGUCCUCGGUCCCUGCUCCUGCCAACCUAGCAGUUUGAAAGUACGUCAAAAUGCAAGUAGAUAAAUAGGUACCACUCCGGUGGGAAGGUAAACGGCGUUUCCGUGCGCUGCUCUGGUUUGCCAGAAGCGGCUUGGUCAUGCUGGCCACAUGACCCGGAAGCUGUACGCCGGCUCCCUCUGCCUGUAAAGCGAGAUGAGCGCUGCAACCCCAGAGUCGGCCACGACUGGAUCUAAUGGUCAGGGAUCCCUUUACCCUUUAAACACUGUGCUAAAUGUGGCUCAGGUUCAGGCUAUCUGAAAGACCCUAUUCGCUCCUACGAACCUGCCCUGGUUUUGAGAUCUUUGGGGCAGGCCCUUCUCUCGGUCCCACCACCUUUGCUGGCAUGCUUGUUAGGAAAGCAGAAGAGGGUCUUCUCAGUGGCCGCUCCCAGAUUUUGGCACUCCCUAGAGAAGCUAGACUGGGUCUCACCUUCUUGUCCUUCUGCUGGCAAGUGAAGACCUCCUUGUUCCAAAGGCAGGAUAUAGAUAAAUAUAUAAUAAUAGGUAAAGGUAGAUAAAGGUAAAGGACUCCUGGGUGGUUAAGUCCAGUCAAAGGCGACUAUGGUGUGCAGCACCCAUCUCACUUUCAGGCCAAGGGAGCUGGCAUUUGUCCACAGACAGCUUUCCGGGUCAUGUGGCCAGCAGGACUAAACCGCUUCUGGUGCAACGGGACACCGUGACGGAAACCAGAGCGCACAGAAACGCUGUUUACCUUCCCGCUGAUGGGCGUUGGAGACCAAAGCAUCUUGAGGGCACCAUUUGGGGGAUUAAAGGUAAAGGGACUCCUGACCAUUAGGUCCAGUCAUGGCCGACUCUGGGGUUGCGGCGCUAAUCUCGUUUAUUGGCCGAGGGAGCCGGCACACAGCUUCCCGGUCAUGUGGCCAGAAUGACUAAGCCGCUUCUGGCGAACCAGAGCAGCGCAUGGAAACGCUUUUUACCUUCCCACCAGAGCGGUACCUAUUUAUCUACUUGCAUUGGUGUGCUUUCGGACUGCUAGAUUUGCAGGAGCUGGGGCAGAGUAACAGGAGCUCACUCUGUCGCGGGGAUUCGAACCGCCGACCUUCUUAUCGGCAAGCCCAAGAGGCUCAGUGGUUUAGACCACAGCACCACCGGCUUCCCUUUUCCAGAAGCAGAGUGGUGUUUUGGGGCAAGUUCCUUGCCUGGGGUCAUCUCACGUUAAAGAGUGCUGUGCAAAAGCAACAGUUUAUGGCUGAGUAAGAUUCUUCUGGUUCUUAAAGGGGACAGUCGCCCAUUCCUGAGAUAUGGGGGUAACAGAACACAGCUUGUUUUGCAGCGCAGGGGUAGAGAAACCUCACUUCCUCAUUGAAGCAUCUCACAUCCGGCUUCGUUUUUGAGCUCCCCUGAGAAUAAGGGGAAAGGAAACAACAUUAACCUCAUAGAGUAAGCACGCUUUUUUUUAAAAAAACCCAACAACAAUCAUUGAUUCAUCGCAUGGAUUCGAACCGCCAACCUUCCAAUCGGCAAGCCCAAGAGGCUUAGUGGUUUAGACCACAGCGCCACCCGCAUCCUUAUAUAUAAUAAUGUGGUACCUCUGGUUAUGUACUUAAUUCGUUCCAGAGGUUAGUUCUUAACCUGAAACUGUUCUUAACCUGAAGCGCCACUUUAGCUAAUGGGGCCUCCCACUGCUGCUGCGCCGCCAGAGCACGAUUUCUGUUCUCAUCCUGAAACAGAGUUCUUAACCCGAGGUACUAUUUCUGGGGUAGCAGAGUCUGUAACCUGAAGCAUAUGUAACCUGAAGCGUAUGUAACCCGAGGUACCACUGUAGUAAUAAGGCAAGGGGGGGGCGGGGGAGAGAAAGAGAAGGAAUUUUUAUUGCAAUACUCCCCCAGGCCCAGCAGGUGGCACUAGCGAACAAAAGGUAGGAGGGGAAGGGGAAGAGAAGUAGCAAUGCUAAAUUCACCAAAUAUAAACCUCAGUGACCACACCAGUGACCUCAGCCUCACGUUAUGAUGACAAGGUUUCAGUAUUCCGUUCUUAUGCAAACUUUGGUGGCCCAAACAGUGAUUCACUGAGCGAGUUCAUGCAAGGCAGUGCAGAAGCUUUGCAGGCUAGAGGAGUGAGGAUGCAUACAGUGGUACCUCGGGUUACAUACGCUUCAGGUUACAUACACUUCAGGUUACAGACUCCGCUAACCCAGAAAUAGUACCUCGGGUUAAGAACUUUGCUUCAGGAUGAGAACAGAAAUCGUGCUGUGGCAGCGGGAGGCCCCAUUAGCUAAAGUGGUGCUUCAGGUUAAGAACAGUUUCAGGUUAAGAACGGACCUCUGGAACGAAUUAAGUACCUAACCCGAGGUACCACUGUACCUGCCCUGUAAUAUUCGAACACACAGCAGUGCUGUCCUGCCCAGUGCGGCAGAAAGAAGAUGAGCCAAAGGCUCAAUGUUACAUAUGUGGUGGACCUGUAAAAAAAAUAAAGGAAUUUUGGGAUGUAAUUUAUAGUGAGCUAAAAAUGCGAGAGAAAUAUUCUUGUAUGCUAUGGCAGCUGCAAGAAUAUUAAUCGCUAUGAAUUGGAAAGGAGGGAAGGCAGGGCUGAUUUCCUUCAGAAUGGAGAGGUUUGAUCUUCUUGCAGUCCAUGGGACUCUCAAGAGUCUCCUCCAGAACCAUAAUUCAAAAGCAUCAAUUCUUCGGCGAUCAGCCUUCUUUAUGGUCCAGCUCUCACUUCCAUACAUCACUACUGGGAAAACCAUGGCUUUAACUACAUGGACCUUUGUUGGCAAGGUGAUGUCUCUGCUUUUAAGAUGCUGUCUAGGUUUGCCAUCGCCUUUCUCCCAAGGAGCAGGCGUCUUUUAAUUUCGUGACUGCUGUCACCAUCUGCAGUGAUCAUGGAGCCCAAGAAAGUAAAAUCUCUCACUGCCUCCAUUUCUUCCCCUUCUCUUUGCCAGGCUAUUACUUAAUUUUCUCAAAUGCUAAAUGCCAUUAAAAAAAAAGUUGCAAAAGAGGAGUCAUUUGUGGUAUUAAUCAACCUUUCCCCUACUAUUAUGUGAAGCAAUUAAUAUGUUGAAUUGUUACAAGCAAGUGUCACAGAAUGACUAAGGGUUUUUUUUUAAAAUAAAAAAAGAUGCAUAAUCAUCAGAGCAAUGCUAAGUCAUCUUUGCACAAAGAGAAUUAGGAAGCAGUGUCAGAGGAAGUUGAUUGCCCGUUCUUUCCCAAACUUGAAUCAAAAUUCUGGUGUAUAAUAACUUCCAUGCGUGACUUCAUACGUAAAAAAAAUAAAUCAUACAGCAUUGCGGCUUUCAAACUGUGUCCCUUAGUUUACACCAAGAAUGUUACACAUUUGGGUGGUUUCCCAGCCACCUCGAAAACCUCAUAGCUUAAAGUAGAACCAUCGUAUCUGUAAUGCAAGUUUAAGGGGCUGCUUUGAAUUCGAAUGCCUAGGGGGACAGUACAAAGGGACAGUAACACUUAUCUCCUCUUUUGUUCAUGCUUUUGUUUCAGAGUUCCACAGUUCUGAAUCAUGUGCUCAGUAUACUUUUCAUUUUCAAAUCCAGCCUAUGUUGCUUCUUAUUUGGGUUGCUGCAAUGCUACAUAAAGCAGGAAUGGGGAUAUGUGGUCCUCCAGGUGUUGUUGAACUACACUUCCCAUCAUCCCUGCCUGUUGGUCAUGCUGGCUUGGGUUGAUGGAUGUCCAGCAACAUCUCAAGGGGCAUAGGUUCCCCAUCCCUGACAUGAAGGAACAGAGUACAGUGGUACCUCGGGUUAAGUACUUAAUUUGUUCCGGAGGUCUGUUCUUAACCUGAAACUGUUCUUAACCUGAAGCACCACUUUAGCUAAUGGGGCCUGCUGCUGCUGCUGCCGCGCCGUCGUUGUGUGCUUUCUGUUCUCAUCCUGAAGCAAAGUUCUUAACCCGAGGUACUAUUUCUGGGUUAGCGGAGUCUGUAACCUGAAGUGUAUGUAACCUGAAGCAUAUGUAACCCGAGGUACCACUGUAGAGGGAAGGAAAAGCCAUAUUUGUAACUGCUGUAGCCAAAAGGGUUCCUAGGAUUUGGAUCUGUGUGUAAGUAGGGCUUCUUCUUCUUCUUCUUCUUCUUCUUCUUCUUCUUCUUCUUCUUCUUAUCACUCGUAGCCAAGUAAGAUUGUCUUCCAUGAACACGGUCUUAAUAGUGAUUCCUUAAGUGACUGUGGAGGCCAAUUCUGGAUCCCCACGUCCUUCCACAGUGGGGACCUAGGUUUCCAGGCAGGAGUUGAUCACGGUGAGGGUUUGGCAAACAUGCCUUCCUCUUAACACGUUUCUCCCUUUCGUCCUGAGUUCAAGCGUCUUCAAAGCCCAUGACACCUUUGGUAAAGGUUGAUUUCCAAUUGGAGCCCUGGCAGGCAAGUGUUUCCCAGUUGUCUGUGUUUAUACUACAUUUUUAAAGAUUUGCCUUGAGAGAGUUUUGAACCUCUUUUGUUGACCACCAACAUUACGCUUUCCAUUUUCAUGUUCGGAAUAGAGUACAGUGGUACCUCGGGUUACAUACGCUUCAGGUUACAGACUCCGCUAACCCAGAAAUAGUACCUUGGGUUAAGAACUUUGCUUCAGGAUGAGAACAGAAAUCGUGCUCCAGCGGCAUGGCGGCAGCUGGAGGCCCCGUUAGCUAAAGUGGUAAAUCAGGUUGAUAACGGUUUCAGGUUAAGAAUGGACCUCCGGAACGAAUUAAGUACGUAACCCGAGGUACCACUGUAGUUGCUUUGGAAGACAAUAAUCAGGCAUCCACACAACAUGACCAGUCCAACGAAGUUGAUGUUGAAGAAUCAUUGCUUCAACACUGGUGAUCUUUGCUUCUUCCAGUACACUGGUAUUAGUUCGCCUGUCUUCCCAAGUGAUGUGUAAAAAUUUUCGGAGACACCAUUGAUGGAAUCUUUCGAGGAGUUGGAGACGGCCCUUCAUCUGAAGAUCACAGGGUGGUUUACAACAUAAAUAAGAACACAAAAUACAAAAUAGAACAAAACCAAAAACAAACCAAUGACCUCCACCCCACAAACACAUUUAAAUGGCCAUAGAAUGUUAAUCAGCCAAAGGAAUGGUUUUGCUUGGCGCUUGCAGAUAGCCUAAAUAUAUCGAAUGAAGGUGCCAGGCGAGUUUCUCUGGAGAGAGCAUUCCACAAAUGGGGAGCCACCACAGAAAAGGCCUGUUCUUAGGUUGCCACCCUCCAGAUCUCUCACUGGUGAGGCACGUGAAGAAGGGCCUCAGAUGAUGAUCACAGGGUUUGCUUCAGUUCAUAUGGGGAGAGUGGGUGCUUGAGGUAUUGUGGUCCAGUGGUCAGGAAAGAUGAGCAUCAUAGUCCAACAAUAUCUGGAAGGCCACAAAUUCAGCUCUCCUGAUAUAAACCUUCACUUAUUCUAGCACAACCAGUUACCAAGAACAUCCAAUUUACUUGUCAGAUUCCUUCCUCAGAAUUUUAUUUUUCCCUACUGCUCUCAGUGACCAUAUUACUUCUGCUGGUUAUACCCAUGUUCUGUUGAAAAUUAUUUUAAAACCUUGCUAAUUUUGUCUGUGUUUUAUGGAUACUUACCAGGCUUGUAACCAGUGUUGUUUGGGAAUUCUAAGAAACUUUAAAAGAUCAGUGCCAUUUUGAAAUCAGUAGUGAAAUUCAGUGCUGUCUUGAAAGGUUCGGCCUGCCAUCGUAAUUGAAAAUGGCGUCCAAUUGUGACCAAACAUGGACAAAACCUGCUCCUUGAUCUCAGGAACCGUCAUGCAAAACUUGGUUACGAUAUCUUAAGAGGUGUCUAAAUGUGCAGCGAACAAACAGCUUUCUAGAAUAUAUAAUAGGUCACUUUGUGUAUAUGUAUAUGCUAAUUUUAUCUGCAUUGUUAACUAUCUUAUGGUGUCCACCUCCUAGAGGUUUUUCAGAUUCACCGGUCUAUAAAUUUUCCUAAAUAAACAAGCAAACUACAGUGGUACCCCAGGUUAAGUACUUAAUUCGUCCCGGAGGUCCGUUCUUAACCUGAAACUGUUCUUAACCUGAAGCACCACUUUAGCUAAUGGGGCCUCCUGCUGCUGCCGCGCCACCAGAGCACGAUUUCUGUUCUCAUCCUGAAGCAAAGUUCUUAACCUGAGGUAAUAUUUCUGGGUUAGCGGAGUUUGUAACCUGAAGCGUAUGUAACCUGAAGCGUAUGUAACCCGAGGUACCACUGUACAAGCUUCCUCUGCCAUUCCUCUUUUAUAAAUUCCACCCAUCAUUUCUUUUAUAGGGUUCAACUAAGCCACAAUCUCUGGUUCUAAGCCUUCGCUGAAUCCUUUUAUCUGCAGCAAUCUCUCAUCUAGUGCCUCUUGAGGGAACAGUCAUGGUUACAGGCUCCACAAAACAUGCACAACCCACCUUUCAUCAGGCUUUAUCUUUCUCUUGCCGGAAUUUUAAGAAUUCCUUCCCUGAAAUUAGCUAAGCAUCUGCGAUGUUGAGUCUUCUGGCUUUCAGCGUUGGCCUUUGUGGACUCUGAGAUACUUCUCAUUUUCGCAGUCGUUAUGCCGAGGGUGGUGGAACAGUUCUUGGUUUAAGCUUCCAUCUCUGGUGAUGACUUCAUUUUCCUUCCGCAAUGAUUUCCUCUCAUGCUCUCUUUCCCCCUCUAUUCCAUCCCAGCAGAGAAUGAGAAGAAGACAAGAGGGAUGAUAUAAACAGAAGUGAUUGUAAGCUGUUUCUGUAUGCAGUGACGGCAGCAAGAAUAUUAUUGGCACAAAGAUGGAAGCAAGAAGAACUACCGACGAAAGAAGGAUGAAACUGAUGGACUAUGCAGAACUAGACAAACUAACAUGAAGAAUUCGAAACCGGCAGGACCAGAGCUUCACAGAAGAUUGGCGUAAAUUUACGGACUAUUUGAAAAGUAGUAGUGAUGACCAGAUUACAUUUGUAGGUUUGCAGGAAGUUUUGUAAGGGAAAUAAUCGGAACUAUUGCUUUUUUGAACGAAAAAGAUGAGGUUAGUUAUGAUAAUUAAAGCAAUAUGAAUUUAAGAAAUGCAGAAUAAAUUAUAAAAAUGGCAGAUCACCAGAGGUG